CUCUGGCUGUCACCCGGCGUGGCCCCUUCCACACCCAGCUGGGGCAAGCCUGAUCCGGCCACAGGCAUGAAGGGCCCCCGGCAGAAAUGAUAGUGCUGGCGCCAGCCUGGAGCCCAACUACCUCCCUUCUGCUGCUGCUGUUACUGCUCAGCCCUGGCCUCCAAGGGACCCCCGACUGCUCCUUCCGCCACAGCCCCAUCUCCUCCACCUUUGCCAUCAAGAUCGGCAAGCUGUCCAAGUACCUGCUUCAAGAUUACCCCGUCACUGUUGCCUCCAACCUGCAGGACGACAAGCUCUGCGGGGCGUUCUGGCGUCUGGUCCUGGCCCAGCGCUGGAUGGGACGGCUCAAGACCGUGGCUGGGUCGGAGAUGGAGAAGCUGCUGGAGGAUGUCAACACCGAGAUACACUUUGUCACCUCGUGUGCCUUCCAGCCCCUUCCCAGCUGUCUUCGCUUCGUCCAGGCCAACAUCUCCCACCUCCUGCAGGACACUUCCCAGCAGCUGGAGGCCUUGAAGCCCUGGAUCACCCACCGGAAUUUCUCCCGGUGCCUGGAACUGCAGUGUCAGCCGGACUCCUCCACUCUGCUGCCCCCAAGGAGUCCUGGGGCCUUGGGAGCCACGUCCCUACCGGCCCCUCAGUCCCCUCUUCUGCUCCUCUUGCUGCUGCUGCUGCUGCCGGUGGCCCUCCUGCUGCUGGCUGCUGCCUGGUGCCUGUGCCAGUGGAGGAGGAGACGGAGGACACCCUACCCUGGGGAGAGGCGGAGAACACUGAGGCCGACAGAGAGCAGUCACCUGCCAGCGGACACAGAGUCGGAACUUGGAGGAAGUCAGCUAGAACCUGGUCCUUUCCUUGGCCACACUGCUCCUGUCACUGUUCCCCCGGGAUGGAGGCAACGCCAGCACCCACCAUCGGCUCUCCCUUCCCCCCUUUGUACAAAGCCCUUGUCCCCAGGAAAUUGUAUAUAA